AUGGAAGGACCUUCUAAUAGCAAUAGACGUUUUAAUUUAAAUGAUCUAUAUAAAAAGAGAGCUAGUAUAGAUGAAUCACAAGCAAAUCGCCGCCGAAAGCUGUUAGAGCAUCAAAAAAGAAAUCGGAGAACUGCUCAUGAUACUUCAAGACCAUUAUUGACACAAUUUGAAGAAGAGGACAAAACCGAAUCCAAACCAAAGAAUCAAAAUGCUUUUUCGAAGCAGUUGAUGCUUUCUGAAUGGAUGGAAGAAAUACCUGCAAAUUUUGAAGAUGAUUGGCUCAUGGUACCUUGCCCUGUGGGUAUGAGAGUGCUCUUAGUUGCUGGCAGGGGCAGAACUAAGGCAUAUACAAAACAUGGUAGAUACAUAUUUGAGUUCCAGUCUGCUUUACCUGGUGGAAGAUUCAAGCAGUUCUACAAAACAGCAAAAAAUACAAUUUUAGAUUGCAUUUACCAUAAACCAACAGAAAGUUUCUAUAUAUUAGAUUUAAUUGCUUGGGGAAACCAAUCCCUUACAAAUUGCGAUAGAGGAUUCAGGUAUUUUUGGCUGCAAGGAAAGCUGUCGGAAGGAGCAAAGUUAUUGGAAAAAAAUUCACACUUGAAUAUGUUCCCAAUUUUGCCUUUAUCUCACUAUGAGUGUAGUGUUGAAAAAAUUUCCUACGUAUUAAAUAAUUGGCCAUUAUUUGGCAAUAAUUCUCCAAAGGUUGAUGGGUUACUUUUUUACCACAAAAAUGCUUUGUAUACAGCUGGAUUCACUCCAACAGUUUUGUGGCUGUAUCCUUUUAUGGUCCCGGAAAUCAUUAGCAGAGGUGUCAUGGUGAAUGAUAAUUAUAUGCGGGAAAAACCAGUUGACUAUAAAAACCAAAGAUUGUUUAUCGAAAAGUUCAAUCAGGAACGAAAAUCUUGUCUAAAAUCAAUGGUUAUAAGAACAGAGGAUACAGUUGAUAGCUCAGCAAUAUCAGAUCUAGACCAAGAGAUGAAACUAAUUAGUAUUUGA